AUGGCCAAGUUAUCCAACCAGAAAACCACUGCAAAAAAUAACAUUAUUUCUAAUGCAAAUGCAGCUAAUAACACUACAGUCACAAAGGUGAAACGAACCAGGAGAAGUGUCCCAAGAGACUCUCCUCCUCAACGUAGCUCGAUUUAUCGAGGGGUCACCAGGCAUCGGUGGACCGGCCGAUAUGAGGCUCACUUGUGGGAUAAGAAUUGCUGGAAUGAAUCACAGAACAAGAAGGGCCGCCAAGUUUACCUUGGAGCAUAUGAUGAUGAAGAAGCUGCAGCACAUGCUUAUGACUUGGCAGCACUUAAAUACUGGGGUCAAGAUACCAUUCUCAACUUUCCGUUAUCGACAUAUCCGAAAGAAUUGAAAGAAAUGGAGGGCCAGUCAAGAGAGGAAUACAUUGGAUCAUUGAGACGGAAGAGCAGUGGUUUUUCUCGGGGAGUUUCUAAAUAUAGAGGUGUUGCUAGACAUCAUCACAAUGGAAGAUGGGAAGCUCGAAUUGGGCGAGUCUUUGGCAACAAGUAUCUCUAUCUCGGGACUUAUGCUACCCAAGAAGAAGCCGCAACAGCGUAUGACAUGGCGGCCAUAGAGUACCGUGGGCUCAAUGCUGUCACAAACUUUGACCUCAGCCGUUACAUCAAAUGGCUAAAGCCUAAUGGCCCUAACAACGACAUUUCUGGUCAGACUAACCCUAAUGCGGAGGCUAUAUUGCCCAAUGUGACCCAAAACCCAAAUGAUCAAGAACGUGGACUUGGUUUCUUCAACAACCUUGCAUACAGCCCUGGAGAAACCAUAGUGACCACUCAGCUGCCUAGACCAACAACUGCAACAUCAGCCCUAGGGCUCCUGCUUCAGUCAUCAAAGUUCAAGGAGAUGAUGGAAAUGACGACGGCCACUGACUCCAUAUCGUCGCAGCCGGAGCUGAACACGCCACAGUGCACGUUUCCCGAUGACAUACAGACAUACUUCGACUGCCAAGAAUCGAGUAGCUACGGUGAGGGAGAUGAUCUUAUCUUCAGUGAGCUCAAUUCAUUCAUGCCGCCCAUGUUUCAGUGCGACUUCACCACUUAGAGGAGCAUGUUUGGUGGUUUUAUUUACUCUCUUUUGCAAUCUUAUUCACAUUAGGGUUCUUCUUUUUAAUUUUUUUUUUUAUGUGAAUACGC